AUGAAUCAAUACAGCUUUCUAGCUGUGCCAUUGAAAUCCACAAGUGAUGUGGAUCUAGUGAAGCCACUGACACUGUACAUUGACACUGUAUAUAAAACGUCAGAGGACAACAAAGCGGAAGUAGCUGAAGCUGUGCAAGAACUGAAUAAACUUCGAUCGAAAGCCUGCUGCCAACCACUGGAUAAACAUCAGUCAGCACUUGACAUAGUCACACGGUAUUAUGACCAACUGGUUGCUAUUGAGAACAAGAUCAUCAUCUCGGCCACACAGAAUCCCGUUGUUUUCAAAUGGAAAGAUGCGUUUGACAAGGGUAGCUUGUUUUUCAGCAAGGCUUCACUAUCAAUAUCAGAUGGAGCGUUCGAACGUGCAGCCGUUUUGUUCAACUGUGGUGCUCUGAUGUCACACAUAGCGGCCUCUCAGCCUCUGUUAACAGAUGAGGAAAUGAAAACGGCUGCAAAGCUUUUUCAACAGAGCGCAGGCGUCUUUGCNCGUCUGCGAGAUACAGUGUUAGGAAUGGUUCAACAAGAUCCCACUCCCGACCUAAUGCCGGACACUCUCGCUGCUCUUAGCGCUAUUAUGCUUGCUCAAGCACAAGAAUCCAUUUACAUCAAAGCUUACAAGGAUAAAAUGAAGCCAUCUGCCCUCGUCAAAAUCUCAGCGCAAGCAGGCGAUUUUUAUCAGGACGCUCUUAAAGCAAUGAAUAGGGAUGCUGUAAAAGGAUUAUGGGAGAAGGAAUGGGUACAUAUUAUAACUGGGAAGAUGUUUGGAUUCCAAGCAGUCUCUCAGCUACACCAAGCCGGGAUCAAUGCAGAGCAGCAAGAAAUGAGUGAGCAAUUGAGCAGACUAGGUGAAGCACUGAAACUGUCAGAGAUGGCAGCUAAGUACUUACCAUCGGGAUGCAUGGCAGAGCAACUCAAUUCGAUUCAGAAAAUGUACACUGCAGCUAAGAAGGAUAAUGAUUUUAUUUACCAUGAACGCAUUGCCGACUUUCGUUCUCUACCUGCCCUACCGCGAGCUGCUUUGGCCAAAGCACUUCCCGUUACUCAUCCUAUUUCUCCUCGAUUCAAGGAUAUGUUCGCAAGUGUCGUACCAGUACAAGUUCAUAAUGCCAUGCAGUGUUAUGAAGGCCGUAAAGCGGAACUGGUAAAUAUUGAAACCGGAAGGCUUCGUGAGCACACUCAGUUGAUGAAUGGAAUCCUGGCUUCCUUGAAUUUACCGGCUGCUCUGGACGACGUUACGUCGAUGGAUACCUUGCCUGAAUCGAUAAAGCAGAAAUCUGCAAAGAUAAAGCAAGCAGGUGGAAUAACUGAACUGCAGCGAUUGUUCAGCGAGUUACCAGGACUCUACAAACGAAACGAGGAGAUUUUGGAUGAGACGAACCGUGUUUUGUCGGAAGAAAAAGACAGUGAUGACACUCUCCGUCGUCAAUUCGGGACGAAAUGGACGCGGAUGAGCAGUGAACAAUUGACUGGACCAUUGCUACAGGAGAUCGGCAAGUAUCGAGGCAUUCUGCACACAGCUUCGAAUGCUGAUAAAAUGGUCAAAGAGAAAUUCGAGACGAACCGAGCAGGCAUUGAAAUGCUGAGCAAAAAUGAGGUUGAACUACGCACUUCCAUUCCCAGCCAAGCACAGCACGCUGUUGGUGGAGCAUCUGAAGCAGUGACAAAGCUUCGCGAACUGAUGAAUCAAGUGCAAGAAAUCAAAGUGCAGCGAGAGAAAUUGGAAAAGGAUUUCAAAGCCGUUCGCUCUGAUAUCGCAGAUGAUCUUUUGAAAGCAAUGGCUGAGAGUCAGAUUCUGAACGAGGAGCAGAUAUCGAAAGAGAAAAUUCAGGAGAUCUACGGGCCUCUGAAAGAACAAGUGGAACAGAGUAUCAAACAACAGGAUCACAUUAUGGCUGAAGUUCAGACAUGGAAUAAUCGCUUCACCGCUGAAAAAUCGGGGUCAGGUACGGGUGCGGAGAGGGAACGUGUGCUUAAGAUGCUUGCCACUGCUGCUGAUUCCUUCCACGAACUCAAAGGAAAUCUCGAGGAGGGAACCAAAUUCUAUAACGAUCUCACGCCUAUACUGGUGCGGCUUCAACAGAAAGUCAGUGAUUUCUCGUUUGCUCGUCAAACAGAGAAAGAGGAUCUGAUGCGUCAAAUGCAACAGAAUAUUGUCUCCGGAGGAGGGUCUGGUGGUGGCGGAGGCGGUAGUGCGGCUAAAUCUCCCCCUCCUCGUCCUCCUCCGCCUGCUUCUCGCACUGAAGUUGAACCGCCAAUACCACCACCGCGAACACAGCAAAGCCUGCAAGCAGUGCCUGGCGGAACACCGACUGCACCAGUGCAGCAACUUGCUCCAGCACCGCAACUUCCGCAUCCAGGAUAUUACCAACAACCCGUGCCAUAUGGUACGGCAUUUUGUGACGUUUUACGUCAACCGCAGCCAUUCUUAUAUCAGCCACAGUACCAACCUAACUUCGCCAAUCCUUACCCGACAUUCCCAGGAGCGUUUCCUAACUACCAACAAGGCUAUGGUCAUUUCCCUCCCCCACCUCAACAACAGAAUCCUUUCGCUCCAGGCUAUAAUACGCCCCAACAAGGGUACAACACACCACAGCAGUAG